GUACCCGUGAGGGCGGGUCACCAGUCCCCAAACCCUCCCUUCCGCAUGAAAACGACGCUCGUUGUUUCCCGUGACGCCGUCAGGGCGCCCGUGUGACGCCAUCAAGCCGCGCCUCCCCCCCCCCCCCCCACCGUUCCCGCCCGCCCGCAGGCCGCCGCCAUGGAGUCGAACAGGGACGAGGCGGAGCGGUGCAUCGGCAUCGCGCUGGCCGCCGCCAAGGCCAACCAGCCCGACAAGGCGCGCCGCUUCCUGGAGAAGGCGCAGCGCUUGUACCCGUCGCCGCGGGUCCGCGUUCUUCUUGAAUCACUCAACAAGAAUGAGCAAUCAGCCAAUGGUCAGUCCCAAUCCAGGGAGUCCGCAAACCCUCAGUUCAAGAAAAUGAGGGGAGAAUUCCCGUCGGCCAACGGAGAGGCUGGUGGGGAGGCCCCCAAGGGCUACACUCAGGACCAGGUGGAUGCGGUGAAGAGGGUAAAGCAAUGCAAAGAUUACUAUGAAAUUCUGGGAGUAAACAGAGAAGCUUCUGAUGAGGACCUGAAAAAGGCUUACCGGAAACUUGCACUGAAGUUUCACCCAGAUAAGAACCACGCACCAGGGGCUACAGAGGCAUUUAAAGCCAUUGGUAAUGCGUAUGCAGUAUUGAGCAACCCAGAGAAGAGGAAGCAAUAUGACCAAUUUGGAGAUGAGAAACUCAACCCUGCUCGGCACGGACACAGUCACUCGGACUUCCACCGUGGGUUCGAGGCAGACAUCUCCCCUGAGGACCUCUUCAACAUGUUUUUUGGUGGUGGCUUUCCUUCUAGUAACGUUCACGUAUACAGCAAUGGCAGGAUGCGAUAUACCUACCAUCAGAGGCAGGACAGACGAGAACAUCAGGGUGACGGUGGCCUUGGGUUGUUUGUCCAGCUGAUGCCUAUCCUCAUCCUGAUCAUCGUGUCUGCCCUCAGCCAGAUGAUGGUCUCCAGCCCACCCUACAGUUUGAGCCAGAGGCCGUCUGUGGGUCACAUACACAGGAGAGUGACAGAGCACUUGAAAGUCAGCUACUACGUGUCUGAGAACUUUGCAGACGAAUACACGGGCACAAACCUGAAAAACGUUGAAAGGAGCGUGGAGGACGACUACAUUGCAAACCUUCGAAAUAACUGCUGGAAAGAGAAGCAGCAGAAGGAAGGCUUGUUGUACCGGGCACGCUACUUCGGAGACUCAGAUCUGUACCAGCGAGCACAGAAGAUGGGCACCCCCAGCUGUAGCAGACUGUCAGAUGUUCAAGCCUCUCUGCACGGAUAGUCACCGCCUGCCCGCUCAGCAGAGGUCUAAACCCUUGAAAUGCCUGAAGACUCUUGGUGAAGCGCGCUGAGCUGAGGUGACAGACUUGCUAUUUAAACGAAUCAAACCUUCUCUUAAAAACGGAUUUGGAGAAUUAGCAACGCACAACUGCCCUCUUUCUUCUCUCUGUCUGCCUCCGCCGUUCGACCCACAUCCCGGGCAGCGAGUAGGACAGGAAAUCGUUCUCCUCCCUCCCUCCCUCCCUCCCUCCCGACACCGGCAGCGUGCGACAGUCUCGUUGCUCCUGGGAUCCCACAACCCCGAGAACAGACGCGUAGAGUGUAGAAUAACACAAACUAACGGCAGAAGUCGUGAAGCAGAAGGAGACCCUUUGUGACCACGCUGGUCACUGCUGACGGAGAGAGAAAUUGGACGAUUUGGCGAUAAAAGAAAACUUUAAAACAAAAAAAAAGAAAAUAUAAUCUAUUUAGAAUUAAUUUAUAGCUGUAUAUAUGUUGUACUUUUAAACUAUGCAGGGGUUGGAUGAUUAAAUUAUUUUGUUUUCUGCCCGGUUUGUUAAACAGGGAAGCGGGAAGGUUCUUCCCAGGGUGUCUCGCUCUGCAGCGCUUUCCUGCCUGGCACACUAGAACAAGAAUCACUUUGCAGUUACGAUGUUUUGCUUUCUGGAGGACAGCGGCGUCCUGCGGCUAGGGAUGUAGGUACCUGCCUUUUAGGUUUUCAGAAAAGAAAUUCCAAAUCCUUAGAGGGUAACAAAGAAAUGGGGGAAACUGCCCAGAUUUGUGGUGUGGUUCUGCAGCGUUGGCAGAAGCCGCAGCGGGUCAGCUGAGCCCCGACGUUGCGCUGGGUGAUGGGAAGGAUUGUCCUGGAUGGUUUUUGCUCGUCAGUCGUUGGGUUUAGUUGUGCACGUAACUUCUUUUUUUGCAGAGUCUGCUUUAAUUUUGCCUCGUAAUCAGCGUGUGGCGUUCGUUCUGUACAGAGGGCUUUCCCACGAGCCGUCUCCCUUUGUUGGUUUUUUUUUUUGUGUGUGUCCUCCACUUGGGGUUCCUCACCCACCAGCACUCCCGUUCGCAGCGUGGCCGUGGCCUUGACACCCUAUCUCUAAGCGUUUCCUAGAGACUUGUAAAAUACUGCUAAUUCAUAAGAAACGGAGCUUUCUAUUGCUUCUGUUGAAAGAAGUUUGGCCGGGGGAGAUUGGAGGGUGCGCUUGAUCUCUCCUCAGACCCCGCCCGAGCUCUGCAGCGCGCCCCUCCCUCGAUCGCCGGCGCGCAGGACCGGUGGUGGGAGGGUGCCCGAGGUUAGGAGCCAGCUCUUCGAAGCAAAGCCAGCACGAGCAGAGCUACCUUCUGUGGAAUAAACUGGAUUUUUUUUUUUAUUAUUUUUUUUUAAUUUUCCUGUUGCUCUGCAGUUCGCUUUUGUCUAAAGACAUUUCUAGUGAGAACCGUCCCCCCCCACACACUCAGGGGAAUGAAUCAAAAGCGCGGUGGCUCCUGGGUGGGGUGGCAGGGGCUGGAAGAGGUGAGAAGUAAGCUGGUUUUAUUCCUUUUCUCAUUAGGAGUCCACGUGCUCUGUCCUCGGCUGUUUAUUUAUUUUGCAAAAUAGUAGCCCUCCCAUUAACAGCGAGCCUUAUCCCGCAGCCACCAUGACUUGGACCUGAUUUUAAGGGGCUUUUUUUUUUUUUUUUUUUUUUUUAAAUAAAAUAAAAUAAAGAUUCCUCUGCUUCUGGAAGGAAUUGGAUGGAAAUACAGCAUUUGGAAAUAGCUCUUAAUAGAGGCCCGGGCUAGCCAGCACGAAGAGAUCACGGGGAGGGGGUACACGUUUGCAGCAGGUGCUGAACGUCUUGCACAACGGCGGCGUUCCUCGCCCAGAGCCUGCCCGCCAAAACCUUUUACUUUUUUUUUUUUUUUUUUUUGAGUAGUUACCCGUGGUUAAUAACGAGCGAGAAGGCGUAGAUCCUAACGGCUGCUCACAGAGGCUGUAUCUCUCGAUUUAGAAUUAAUUAUACAAUUGUACAUCUAUAAAUAAAUGUUUAUAACGUG